AUGGCGACGUUAACGACGACGGUGACCGAUGUGGUCACGACGACUCUGACGACCACCAGCGCAACCGCUGCAAGUACUGCCAGAGCGCCGGAGCAGGGGGGAAUUUUGGACGGAAUGAACCCGACAGAUUAUAGUCCUAAUAGCCCUGUCAUUCUUUUCAUCAUACAGGCCGGCAUCAUCAUCAUAUUCUGCCGUCUCCUACACUACCCGCUAUCCCUCCUCCGACAACCUCGUGUAAUUGCUGAAGUGAUAGGAGGCGUCAUCCUCGGGCCUUCGAUCAUGGGCCGUAUCCCAGGCUUCACAGAUGCCAUCUUUCCAACCGAAUCGAUCCCAAACCUCAGCUUGGUCGCAAAUCUUGGUCUGGUGCUGUUCCUGUUCAUUGUGGGGCUGGAAGUCGACUUGCGAUACUUCGUCAGCAACUGGAAGCUUGCGAUCAGUGUGGGAGUCGCGGGCAUGGCCUUACCAUUCGGACUCGGAUGUGCGAUAUCUUGGGGUCUGUACCACGAAUUCAGGGACGAGGAAGGCCUUGAGCCGAUCGCCUUCGGGACCUACAUGCUGUUCAUCGGUAUUGCCAUGGCGAUUACAGCAUUCCCGGUCCUCUGCCGUAUCCUGACCGAGCUGAAACUGCUGUCGACGCCUGUGGGUGUCAUUGUGCUCUCCGCUGGCGUGGGAAACGAUGUAAUCGGCUGGAUCCUUCUGGCUUUAUGCGUGGCGCUGGUGAAUGCUGGGAGCGGUCUGACAGCUCUCUGGGUCCUGCUCACUUGCCUUGGAUAUGCGCUGUUCCUCGCCUUCGCCGUCCGACCAGCCUUUGUAUGGGUCCUACAGCGAACGAGAGCUCUCCAGGAUGGACCCAGUCAAGGCGUUAUUGCUCUGACGUUGCUACUAGCCCUGGGCAGCGCAUUCUUCACUGGUGUGAUUGGUGUACAUCCCAUCUUCGGAGCGUUCAUGAUGGGCUUGAUCUGCCCACAUCAAGGCGGGUUCGCAAUCAAAGUCACGGAGAAAGUAGAAGAUUUGGUCGGUGCUUUGUUCCUACCGCUGUACUUCACUCUCUCUGGUCUUUCAACCAACCUGGGACUGCUGGACACCGGCAUCACUUGGGCAUAUGUCAUCGGCGUAAUAUGCGUCGCCUUCUGCGCCAAAUUCGUAGGCUGCUCGCUAGCUGCUCGAUUGAACGGGCUGGUCUGGAGAGAGUCGUUCAGCAUUGGCGCUCUGAUGUCUUGCAAAGGUCUCGUCGAGCUGAUCGUGCUCAAUAUCGGGCUUCAGGCGAAGAUCCUGAGCACCAGGACGUUCACCAUCUUCGUGGUCAUGGCUCUGGUCACUACCUUUGCUACAACGCCUCUCACAGCAGCGCUGUAUCCACCUUGGUAUCAACGAAAGCUUGAGGCAUGGAAGCGAGGCGAGAUCGAUUGGGAUACUGGAGCUCCGUUGAAUGACGCCGGCACGGGAUUGGAAGAGGACGGAAUCACAAAGGAGAAGCUGGAGUCAUCAAGGGUUAAGAGCCUUGUAAUCUACCUUCGCUUGGAUAACAUGCCGACCAUGCUGGCCUUCCUUUCGCUCCUCGGAGGCAGGCAGCCGGAUGUUCCCAUUCGCAGGCACCCUCAACUUACCACUCAAGAGAAUGGUGGGCAAGUAGAUCCUCCCAUUUUGAUUAACGAGAGGAAAAGGCCGGUCGAAGUCCAUGGAGUUCGUCUUGUCGAGCUCACAGAGCGUAGCUCAACAGUGAUGAAAGUGGCCGAAGUUGACGAGUAUAGCGCCUUCGAUCCAGUACUAAACACGUUCAGAGUCUUGGGUCAGCUGUACAACCUAGCAGUGUCUGGCGAGGUGUCAAUCGUCCCAGAGAACUCUUACGCCGAACACCUCGUCUCAAGAGCGGCCGAAGAGGGUUCGGAUUUACUCGUUCUGCCAUGGAGCGAAACAGGCAGCAUGAGUGAAGCGCAAACCAUCUCCAAGGACAGUGAGCAGCAGAAGCUGGCCAGCGAUUCUUACUCGAACUUUGUCGGGAAAGCACUGAAUAGCGCCCGUUGCAACACUGCAGUCUUUAUCAACAAGGGUUUCAGCGGAAGUCUCAAGCAGAGACCACACGAACUGACAAGACGUGUAAGUGCUCGGAGCAUGCGGAGCGGCCAUCGCGAGCACUUAACAGCACUCCCAAAGUCCGAUCGAAGUCACCAUAUUUUUCUGCCGUACUUUGGUGGUGCAGAUGGACGAGUUGCACUCAGGCUGCUUCUGCAGCUCGCCGAGAACCCGGAGGUCACUGCCACCAUUGCGCACUUUCCCUCAAGUGGGAGCGCAGAGCAUACUGAGCAGUCCGUGUCGCCAAAGGGUGUGCAACCGGACCUCCAAAGGACGUUCUCAUCUGAAGACGACACUGCGCUCUUUGCUACAAUCCAGCGGUCCUUGGCUGCUGAGCUUCAGAAUAGAGUGAUCUUUGACACGGCCGCAGCGUCAUCAACACCGGUACAGGAUGCUGUUGCUCGGAUUGCAGCGGAAGUUGGCCAGAACCCCAGGAAUGGCGGGGACAUUGUCAUUGCAGGUAGAGGUGUGCAUCAGGGUACCGGCGAUGCGAGCUGUCUGGGCUCGAUGGCUGAUGCUGUUCUGGGGAGCGGUGUCGGGGCCAGCCUACUGGUUGUGCAGGCGAGGGGUAGUGGAGCGGUAUAG